AUGAGCCAGGUCAAGAACCUGAGGGCUAUGUUUGAAAACAAAGGCGAUGACUCAAAUCCCCCGGAUAGGGGCAGAUCUCCCGCAGGCUUCAGCUCAAAUAGAGGUUCAAACGCGUCCGAGUCUCCCAGGCCGCUCUCAACCGUUCGAACCAACUUUGUAGCCAUCGAGAAGCACGGGCGUAUUGGGCUUCGACGGGACCACAGCUACGAAACCAGUCCAUCAGAGAGAGCUGCCAGCAAUGAGUUUGACAAUGAGUCUGCCACAUCUGCUCCCACUGGAGAUCUUGGACGAGCGAAUCGGAAAUUGUUCCCGAAAGAAACUAUACCCGAAUCACCACAAAGCUCGAGCAUCGAUGCUAAGGUCAUGGUUUUGGACAAGUAUGGUGAUGAGGUCCCUAGCCAGGCCACAUGUGGCACAAAAAAAGCCGCAGAUUGGGUCUCUUCACCACCAGUCGGCUCUACAGAUGGAGCAACAACCAGUCAAGGGCACGGCAAGGCCGCCACGGAGAGUGUGUUGACGUCAGGGGAUGCUCCGUCCCAAGAAGAACGGCAUGGACCCGUUGCGCAGGAACAGACACGGCCAGCACGGAUAGCCGACAAGACCCAGAAGGACCCGAAAGUCGCAGCCAACUCGGGUGCCAAACCUCCGCCGAGAGCCAGCAGGCCAACAGCUGAAAAGCAAAUCGUCACUGCUCCGGGGCGCGCGCAACCUCGAACUAUUGCUGCCGCCAGUCACGGAGCGAAGACUACCUCCUCUUCAGGAGCACAGAAGCCGGGACCGAUCAGGACCAACAAUGUAUCGGAACCCGGAUUUGUCAAGCCGAAGCCGAAAUCACCAACGAAGCCAGUCAACUUGCCGUCAUCUCUGAUGGCACCUACAGCGUCGUCUGUGUCAAAAGGCGCGGCUGCAUCUGGCAAACGAUCUGUUGGUCUCAGUUCUGGGGCAACUUCAGGCCGGCCUGCCAGUAGAGUGAGCGUGAAUGGGCCUGCCGGAGGCCGGAAGAUAAGGAAGCAGCGCUCUUCCAUCCAUGAAUCACGGCCCACCGUGGGGCCUCCUCCUCCAAAACAGCCUUCGUCGAGUGUGGCCAUGACCCAUAGAGAAAAGCAAGUGGAUGAGGGUUUCCUCGCCCGGAUGAUGCGGCCUACCCACUCAUCUUCUUCCAAGACGAACGAGAAAGCACCCCCGACGCCCCCAAAGCGUUCUAGGCAACGCCAAAAACAGCCAAGUACCACGAACAGCCCACGAACAUCCAACGGCUCCAAAAAGACUAGCGUCCCGACUGUUACUGCACGCUCCUCCUCUAUGCCGUCGUCGAAAGGGCCAUCUUUAGAUCCAACGGAGGACGCCGAAUCCUCUGGCGUUGAAGUCCUGCCUGGUGCUUCUAACGUGACCAACGGUAUGAAAGGCAAUGACAGCAGCAGCCAAGCUGGCUUGGAAGAGCGAGCGGCUUCGCGCAAUGGAGCUUCGGGUUUGGAGCAGCAGAUCCCUGACCUAAACUCUGAUGAACAGCUGGGUGGGGUGGAUGGUUCUGCUGAGCUCGAGAAGGUGGACGGAGAAGUUCGCACGCCUUCGCCUAAGGUGUCUUUGACUGAAGGCGUUCUUCCAUAUCAGACCGAACAGGUACAUUACGCAGAUGCUGAUGAUGCCGCAGUGUCGGUGCAGCCAAAUGGUUCGGCCGCGAGCGUACAGCUACCCCAACAGGAGCAAGAUACCGCAUCCUCAGCUGAGUCAAACGAGUCCAUUCAGGCACUUGAAGAGGUAGAGGUCUCGAGCAUGCCUUCUGCGAUUCGUCCCGAGUCCCAAACAGAAGACGGCUCCAAUGAGUCAGCAAGUCCUUCUCCUUUGCCGACUGCUGAUCAGCCAAGCUCCAAGACCAUGGCAGAGAACCAUUCCGUACCCGAGGAAUAG